AUAGUUACAAAAAAACAACAUCUGUCAUUAUUUUUCCAACUAUAAUAAGUUCUCUCUUCUCUUCCUCCAUUAUAUCCCUCUCAUGAGAAUCAUGUCAUGUGCCGUGACUUCAAACUCCCCAAGAAAACAAAUUUUCCAAAACAAUAAAUAAAUUUACCUAACUUUAAUUCCUCAUUAUUUUCUCAACUCUCUAAGAAAUUAAAUGAUGACUCCAUCACCCCGGUCUAGAAAUCAAUCUCAGUUCCACUCAACCGUUUCAUUGCAAAAAAACCGGCGGUUCAAUGUUUUAAUACUUAUUUUCCGGUUCGCUGCUUUUUGUUUCUCUUUUGCUUCUGCUAUUUUCAUGUUUGCUAACUCUCACGGUUCUGAUUCCGGUUCGGGUUCCGGUUCACUUUGGUGGUACCACUUUGAUGCGUUCAGGUUUGUGGCUAUUGCUGCUGCUAUUGUGGCAUUGUAUUCACUGUUUGAAGUUGGAGCUUCGGUUUGGGAAAUUUCAAGAGGCGCCACUGUUUUUCCCGAAGUUGUCCAAGUUUGGUUCGAUUUUAGCCAUGAUCAGGUUUUUGCAUACAUGUUAUUGUCGGCAGAUUCGGCGGGAGCGGCUUUAGCUCGGACGUUAAGAGAGAGGGACACGUGUACGGCUAAUAAUGCAUUCUGUAUACAAUCAGAUAUCUCAAUCGCAUUGGGCUUUGUGGGUUUUAUGUUCUUGGGCUUUUCUUCUUUGUUGUCGGGUUUUCGGGUUGUCUGUUUCAUACUUAACGGGUCUCGUUUUCAUAUGUAAUAAACUAUAGUAAUCAUUUGUGAGUUUAGCUUUCAUUGCACAAAUAUAAAAGUCUUU